CUCUCUCUCUCUCUCUCUCGCUUUGUUCAUGCUGUGUUUGCUGUGCUCUCUGUCUGAAGCAGCGCCACACUGGAGCACUAAUGAGCAGGCUGAGAGCAACCCAACACAGAUCUCCCAUCAGCUGAAGAGCAGAAGCAGCCCCUGACGGCAUCUGAGGCAACGAGACACAGGACUGAUCUGCAGUCAGCGGGGAGGCAGCUGUAAAAAAAACAAAAAAAAAACAAAUGACAACCUCUGGAAAGGCGUAGGAGAGGUCGUGAGGUGGCUUCAUCUGCAAAUUAACAGUCAGUUGAGAGAGUGAGAGGAAAGGAUCGCUCCAGUGCAACUGUCAACCCUCUCCACACUCGGAGGCUGACCCUCAGUGCACUUUCUCUCUCUGAAGACGAAGGACCUUUCCCCCCCUCCCAGAAGAAUUCAGCCAUGGAGGAGAUGCUCACCUGCAGCCGCAGCCCUUUCUCUCAGGUGUUUGGGCGUCAGGGUCAGCUCAUGCAAGCCACCGUGCAGUCUCUGAACAGCCUGAAUGACCAGAUUGCAAGCUUCAUGGUUACUGGCCCCAAGCCCCUGGAGCAGGAGGAGCAUGCCUUCCGUCCCCCUGAGAAGGAGACACUGCAGAAGUCAAUGACCCUGAUGAGACACCUUCUCGUGGAUGCACAGGCAAAAAUCCUGAAAAUGAUGGAUGACAACAAGCAGUUGGCCCAACGCAUCGAUGGGGCCAUUCAGUCCGCCAGCCAGGAGGUGACCAACCUGCGGUCAGAGCUGAGCGCCACCAGCCGCAGACUGGCCGAGUUGGGGGCAAGCGAGUCUGCCAGCAUGCUUGAGACCCUGCAGCACAACCACAACGACCCCUCUUCGCAGCCGAGGCAGAAGCCGCCGGCCACUGACCUCUGCUACAAGACUGAAAUCAGCAGUCUAAUGGACUUCAACUCUCCGGAUGCUUCCCUGGACAAAGUCCUGCUGCGCGAGGAGGUGGCCCAGCUACAGGAGGAGGUGCACCUGCUGCGCCAGAUGAAGGACAUGUUGAGCAAGGACCUGGAGGAGACCCAGGGAAGCUGCUCGGCCGACGUGCUCUCUGCCACUGAGCUACGAGUGCAGCUGGCACAAAAGGAGCAGGAGCUGGACCGAGCCAAGGAGGCUCUGCAAGCCAUGAAGUCAGACCGUAAGCGUCUGAAGGCAGAGAAAGCAGACCUGGUGAACCAAAUGCAGCAGCUUUAUGCCACACUGGAGAGCCGGGAGGAGCAGCUCCGCGACUUCAUACGCAACUAUGAGCAGCACAGAAAAGAGAGCGAGGAUGCGGUGAAGGCGCUGGCCAAAGAGAAGGACCUGCUGGAGAGAGAGAAGUGGGACCUGCGGCGGCAGACCAAGGAAGCAACAGAGCACACAGGGAUGCUGCGCUCCCAGCUCGACCUCAAGGAGAACCGCAUCAAGGAGCUAGAGGCUGAGCUGGCCAUGAUGAGUAACUGUGUCAAUCAGAGAAUGGAGUACCGGGUGUUUGAGCGGGUUGCAGACAGGGACUACACCUCUAGGGUCAUGGCGGCCAAACAGUCAUUAGCCACCCUGACCAAGGACGUGCCCAAGCGUCACUCUCUGGCCAUGCCUACGGAAACAGUUGUCAACGGCAACAACCAGGAGUGGGUGAUGCAGGCUGACCUUCCCCUGACUGCUGCUAUCAGACAGAGUCAGCAGACCCUCUAUGUCCACACGGGGCAUCCCACUGACAGACAAGUGGCUGCCGUGCGGGUGAGCCCGUGCCACUCGCGCCAGCCCUCCAUCAUCUCUGACGCCUCUGCGCUGGAGGGAGACAGGUCAUCCACACCCAGUGACAUCAACUCGCCACGCCAUCGGACUCACUCCCUCUGCAAUUCCCUAGAAGAUCUGGAGGAGGCGAAGCGUAAGAAGAAGAAAGAGAAGAUGGGGCUGGGCUCUCUGUCGCGUGUCUUCGCCCGGGGAAAGCAGCGCAAAUCCCUCGACCCUGGUUUGUUUGAUGGUACUUCAACGCCUGAUUAUUACAUAGAGGAAGAUGCAGACUGGUAAAAGCACACAUGUCCGAGCGAGAGCGAGCCACCUGGGGAUCCUUUGUGGCAAAUAUCAGAAGACAGCAUUGUGUUUUGAAACGCGUGUGUGAGAGGAUGGGCGUGUGUUUGAUGUCAGCAGUGUACAGAUAUAACAAUGUGUGUGCCUGUGCAGUCUCACAUGCAUGCAUACUUGCGUGUGCGUGCGUGUGAGGGUGUGUGCAUGCGUGCGUGCGUCGCCCAUGGUCAGAGGCCAUGUCAGAAGCCGGAGACGCGUCUUGCUUCGCUUGAAGUGUAAACCUUACGAGCAAAUUGCACCUGUAUGUAUGUAUGUACAGUCCUGUAAAUAGUGUGACACAGCGACCAUGUGGAUAUGUUCUAUUGUAUCUGCCCUCCAAAACAGCUGUGUUAUUGGAUCUUUUAAUUGUUCUUUACAUUUUGACUUUUUGUUUUCACUCAACUGGAAACUUGAAGGACUGCUGUACUUGUAAAUAACAACAGUUGAUGUGCACUCUGUGCGUGUAAAUGUCUCCUUGUCCUGAAUGCCUUUUGUUAUUUUUGACAUGUACUCCCCCUUCCUCUCACUACCUUUUAACUUAAACUCCUCCCUGUUUAUUGUCCUGCUUGAUCCACCCCCCCCUCUCCUUCCACACUGCCAUGACGAGAACAGUUUCCUGUAGGCAACAUGCAGACUCCUCAAAUCCACCUCCCAAUUCGGUUGUACGGCACAUCCCUCAACCCACCAAGAAAACUGUGCACUGCUUGAUGUUUGCUCAAAUGAGACUUCAAAGACGCUGCUGAGCGAAGAAUGAACUUUCUAUGCAGAACAGUUUGUUUCACGGCGACAUGAAGCCAAACAGGAAAUGUAAGAGAUGUGUUUUCUAUCUGUUAAGAUAGAAGGUACAUGUAUGACAUGCAUGCACAUAGUCCCAGUCCCUAAAUGCAUGUUGAACAAAACCCUCCUAAACAGAAAUGUCUUUCUCUGGGUAUGUUGUCAAGGAGGCGAUAAAGUGUCUGUUUUAAAGAGAAAAAAAAAAAAAGAAAAAAAGAGAGAGAGGUCAGUUGCUGAUUUCAUGAUGUUUAUUCAUGAUUUCCUCUAUUUUAAAUGAAGAUUUGUUAUUCAGAAAACGUUCUGAUUAAUGUGAACGUACCAAAUUAAACAGAACUUUUUAAUCUGCACCUACAAGGCUCUUGUCAAACUACAUUUGAAAUAUUAAAGGUCAGAAAAAGUCAACAGUCACAAAGAAAACUCAGUAAUACUUAAUAUGAUUAAACAAUUAUUCCAAUCAUUCAUGAGGCGUGGUACCAUUUUCAUUCUUUAGGACCUUGCAGUAGCUUGUAGCUAUCGUUUAAUAAUACUUAAAAAAAAGGCUGAUGAAAGUAGAAUUAUUCUGGGAAAAGUUAGUCUAAAAAAAGAAAGUGAUUAUUGCAAAAUAAGUGACAGCUUAAACUUCAAUUAUGCUAACAUAGUAGAUAUUAGACUGAAAAUCAGAAAAUCAGGGCUUCAGUUUAGAGGACUUAGCAUGGAGCAGAUGUUAAAUGAACUGUUAUAACAAUAUUGAGUGCCAACAGAGGAGGUUGUAAAUCAGAUUUAAGCAGGCUAAUCACUCUGACGCAAAUGCAUACCUUCUCCCAUGACCCCCAUGAACUCCCCCCAAAAAAUUCAGAUGCAGAGUUCAGGCCAUUGCUGAAAAAAGCAAUUAACUUUGUGCCAAAGGUUAAUAGCAUUUCUUCAAGCAAAAGAAUGACUACAGACAUUGGAUUAUUUUCAUCCUUUCAUUGGAUUGAGCCGGAGUCUGCACUGCCAUCCCCAGGAAAUCUUUUCUCUCCUUGAUAUUAAACUAACACUGGGUAUUUGUCAGUCUCAUCUGAAACACUAUAGAGUCACAGAUUACAUUGGAGCUGUAUUUAACCACAAUGCUUGUCAAAAGAGUGCCCAUGUAAGCAGUGAGGGGAUUAUCAUUUAACCCUUAGCUCAACCUACAUUUGUGCUCACACAUAUUGGAUUUAGAGGUGAAACACUAAGGUAAUUUAAAGAUAAGUCAUCAUGUAUUCAGUUGUAUGUAUAAAAACAACAGCUCAACCAGUUGAUUUCAUUAAAACAUUUAAUGAAAUGUAUGAAAAAUCUAGGAUAUUUUUAUUUUUUCAUUUAACCAACCGCUAUGCUCCUUUCUGACGGGGGAAAAAAACAUAUCAAAUGAAAAACAUUGUAUGACUUAUGUUUUGAGCCACAGUCUUUGUUUUGUUUUGUUUUGUUUUACACAAAUAUUUUACUUUUUGUAAAUGAGAUAACAUUACAGAAACAAAAUUAAUAUUAUUAUUGAAGAGUUUUAUUUAAAGUCAAAGAUGUAGGCCUCAGUGGAGGACUUCUAUUGUGAGGUCCUGAGAUGUUUAGAAGUGGAUAGUAGCAAACUUUUAAAGGCAUGCCAACAAAAUUACGCUUAAAAGAACUAAAUGAGAAAAAUAAGAUUAUUUUAAAAUAAAAUAAAUAACAUUGAAUUUCCAUGUGCCUGUCCUCUCUUUCCCUGUGUUUAAUGUUUGUGUGUGUAUGUGUUCAUUUGUUGUGUAUGGCUCUAAUCCUGAUUAGUCUUUUUUAUGCUGAGGGGGCUGCCAUUUCUAACAUAUGUGUUAGCCUCCCUCAGCCCUGCAAGCCCAUCUGUGAGAGGACUGCAUCCCAAAAGCUUCCAAAUGGCCUCCUAUCCUCUCCUUCCCAAUUUGAACUCAAAACAUUUUUUUCUUCCUUUUCCUCCCAUGAUAUCGGAAUUAACAAUCAGAAAAUAUAGAGGCGAGGGGACAGGAAGCCAUGUCAGAUUGUUGGAACAGAACUCAUAUGUGUCAGCACAUGGUGUCAAUAAUAUUCUGCUUUGAUUUGACCCCCUGACCUCUAACACUGACCCCUCUUGUCUGACCACCACGGGACUCUCAACACAGUGAAGUGACCCUAGAA